AUGGAAGAGAAUCCAAGCGUGGAUCUGUCUGGAGCUGGGCCAGCCCAAGAUGAGGUGGAGCGCAUAGCAGAGCAUUCUGAGCACCAAGAGCCCCCCCAAGAAACACUUGAGCACCAAGUGACAAGCAGGCAGCCUGAGACCUCCUGCAAACUGGAGGAAGACUCUUUGGUGUGUAAAUCACCACCUGCUGAUGGGGGAGAGGAGACGCUGUCGGAUUUAGCUGGCCCCAGAUCAGAGAAGAAGGUUCCCCAGGAAACUGAAGUAUCAGUAGAAGAAUCUGGGAAGACAAGAGAUGGUGUCUCAGGAAGACCCCAGGAAGAAGACAGCUUGGAUGGAGCCAGGCUGGCCCACGAUGAAACAGAUAGCAAAGGAGACAGCCUUGUCCACCUCGAAAUACGGGAGGACCAGAAGACAAGCAAGCAACGGGAAAGCUCCAACACAGCAGAGGAAGACGCUUCAUCAAGAAGCAAGUCACUGAGCUCUGACACUAAAAUGACACAUUUGGAUGUGACUGCCACAGAAGAUGUCACCAAGGGCCUCUUGGCAGAUGUCACCAGUGCCCCUCUCCAAGAUCGGGAGCCAGAAGAGCCUACAGAGCAAGAAACACAGGAGAGCAGAUCCCAGGGCACAUUAAGGAACAGACAUGGGACCAAAGUGCACACAGCCCCAAAGCCAGAGGCUCAGUCCUGCUUGCAGAAACCCACCGAAAACACAGACCAGGAGAAGGCCAAAAAGUUCCUCUUGCUGACAGGUGAGGAAAAGAAGCUUCCCUUGUGCGUUACUCCUCGACCAGAAGGCACUGAUCCUCCAGGAACAAGGCUUGUCAUAAGCCUCGUAUUGGUCGGCUUCUGCAUAUUCUGUUUCGGCAACCCGAGCUCCAACUCCCAGCAAGCCCCCAAGAACCCCAUGGUGGAGGCGUUCCUGUCCCAGUUCAGCCAGCUGCAGGACAGGUUUCCAGGGCAGAGUCCCCAGCUGUGGCUUCGCGGGCGCAAGUUCCUGCAGAAGCACCUCAACGCGUCCUAUCACACGCAGCCGGCCAUCAUCAUCUUCACGGCUGCCCGCAAGGGCGAGCAGACCUUGCGAUGCCUUAGCGCCCACGUGGCCGACACCUACUCGGCUGCCCUGCAUGCCAGCACGGUCCAGAUCGAUGGCACAGAUAAAUCCAGGCUCCAGAGUGACCAGGCCAAGCUGGAGGUGGACUCAGAGCUGAGCUCAGCUUUCGAGGCUGGGGACCGUGCUGCAGUGAUACACCGCUUCGAGUUGCUGCCAGCGGGGGCUACCCUCAUCUUCUACAAGUACUGCGAUCACGAAAGUGCUGCUUUCAAGGACGUGGCCCUGCUGCUGACCGUGCUGCUGGAGGAGGAGACGCUGGAGACCCACAUCAGCCUCCAGCAGGUGGAAGAGAGGGUCCGCGACUUCCUCUGGGCCAAGUUCACCAACACCAGGACUCCCAGCUCCUACGACCACAUGGACUCCGACAAGCUGAGUGGGCUGUGGAGCCGCAUCUCCCACCUGGUCCUACCGAUCCACCCGGUGCAGGCCAUCGAGAAGGGGGGCUGCCACGUCCACACCAAACCCUAG